UUAGCAGACGAAUCUUUCCCGUCAAAAUAAGUUAAAAUGUAAACAAAAAGUAAUGAAAUAGAAAUUAAAUAUGAAUAAUACAAGAUGACAAAUAUUGAAAUUUUAGAUAGUGCAAUUAUUCCUAAUUUAAAAAGUGAUUAUGAAUUAGAUUCUCCGAUUAAUGUUGACGAAUUUUCGUACAAUGCAUUUUUUUCUAAAUAUCUUAUUUCUAAUAAGCCUUGUAUUAUACAAUCAAACGUGACAAAAAAUUGGUUAUGUCGAAACAAUUGGAUUUUAAAUGAAACACCGAAUUUUCCAUUGUUACAUGAAUUGUUUGGCAAUUGUGUUGUUCCUGUUGCUGAUUGCAAUAAAAGAUAUUAUAAUUCACAAGAGAAAAAUGAAAUGAUUGUGAAAAAUUUUCUCAAUUAUUGGCAAGAAUUACGAAUUAAUAAUUAUCCCAAAAAUGCAUCUCUUCUUUAUUUAAAAGAUUGGCAUUGCAAAAAAGAUCAUCCUGAAAUGAAAUUUUACGAUGUACCGAAAUAUUUUGCAUCCGAUUGGCUUAAUGAAUAUUUUACGGGACAAAAAGAAUUAAAUGAUGAUUAUAUGUUUGUUUAUAUAGGUCCAAAAGGAACAUGGACUCCAUUUCAUGCCGAUGUUUUUUCCUCCUACAGUUGGUCAGCGAAUGUUUAUGGAAAAAAACGUUGGCUCAUUUUUCCACCUGGUGAAGAAAAUCAUUUUCGUGAUUCAUUUGGAAAAUUAAUUUACGAUGUAUCGAAGGAUGAGAAAUUAAAAAGAAAGGAUAAUUCUGUGAAAUUCUAUGAUAUUAUUCAAGAAACCGGGGAAAUUAUAUUUGUACCCUCGGGAUAUUAUCAUCAAGUUUGGAAUUUGGAAGAUACAAUUUCGAUAAAUCACAAUUGGGUGAAUGGUUGCAAUAUUUUGAGAAUGUGGAUGGCAUUAAAAAAGGAAUUAUUAACAGUUAUGAAAGAAAUAGAGGAUUGCAAGGAAAUGGAAAAUUGGACUUCACAUUGUCAACUUAUGUUAAAAGCUUCCUAUGGAAUGAAUUAUUCACAAUUUUUUCAUUUUCUUUCCUUUAUUGCCGAAAGACGAAUAAAUGCACUAACUCACAAAAUUACCAAUGUAUCAUUUGAUAUUUGGAUUUUGGGAGAAAAUCACUGUCUCUUUGAUUUACGACAAAUAAAAAUUGUCCUCGAACAUUUGACCAAAGAUGCAAAUGACAAAGGAAUAUACAAUCUUUUAUGGAAAAAUAAUGAAGUGGAAAAUUUAUUAAAAAACAUUAUAAUUGUCUCUGUGAUGAAAAGUCCACAGUCAAUUAUUGACGAUUUAAAUUGUUGAUUAAUACUUUAGCAGAAUAUAGAAAAAUCUUUCGAGAAAAGUUAAUAAAAAUAAUUCACAAUUCGUUAAAUUACAAAAUAG